UUUCGACCACGACAAACGGGUUAUUCCCACGGAUGCAGCGGCCCGCAGCGCGGCGCUACUGUGGUCCGUGGGCAUACGCGACUUGGAGAACGCGAGACCUUUCUGCAUACCACGCAGUCUCAGCAACCUCACCGACCUCCGACACGACCUCCUCAUUCAUACCUUGACAUCUUCUCCUCCUCCAUGAUCAUCCUCACCAACAUGGACAAUCUCGCCAACUAAUACUCACUCGCACAUCACUGACACGCUUCUACGCGCGCAUAUCAAGCGGGGCCCCAAAACCCACUGCUGCACCGAGUUUUGCGGCUGCCAACAUCCUCACUGCAGCCACCUCGCGUUCUGACAGCAUCUCCGCCGUCAUGGACAACCUGUCUGGCGCAGCCAACAAGGCAAUGCCGUCGACAGAAGACAAACAGACAGCAUCACGCCGUCCCUCACUACUACCCGCGUUCGAGCCCUUUUCCUCCUCCCCGGGCCUCCCACGAGCGGCCAACAAACGCAAAUUCGACGAUGCCGCCCUCAACGACGACCGCAAGUACUAUCCAACACCUAUACCCACCUCAUCGACCAUCAUCCCACCGUCAUCGUCGCCUGCAGCUGCGCGUUUGACGCGUCCGGGCCUCAAGCGAACCGUGUCCAUCCUCUCCGAACGCGCACCUCUCAGCGACGUGCCCUCGCUCAAUCUUCACCCCAAUGGCGAGCCUGUACUCAUGGGCCGCUCGAGCAACUCCUCCGACUACCAACUCUCCGCCAACCGUCACAUCUCGCGGAUCCACGUGCGAGCUUCAUAUCACGCUCCCGACUCGGCGUAUCCGGAGGGAAAAGUCGAGGUGGAGUGUCUUGGGUGGAAUGGAGCAAAAGUACACUGUCGAGGGGAGGUCAUUGAGCUGGCCAAGGGAGAACAAUUCGUGUCGGGCAAGCCGCAGAGUCAGAUCAUGGUCGAUGUGCAAGAUACGCGUGUUAUGCUGGUGUGGCCGAAGGAGUCGCCGAGAGACCCUUCGUCCAUUGAGUCGAGGUCACCAUGGCUUGGGGAGUCUCCGAGCAAGCGUGCUGUGGAGACAUUCGCGUCCAGUCCGCCAGCUAUGAACAUG